GCGGAGGCCUCUCCGCGCAGGAUGUGGCCGCACGCUUCGGUGGGCCCAGCCUCAGCGAGGAGCAGCGGCAUCGCGUCUCCUUGCUGCGAGCGGCCGAUGCCACCUUGGCAUGCCUGGAUGACCGUGUCACAGAACCGGCGCUGACGACGCCGGGUGGAGAGCUGGGCGAGUUCACCACAGCCCUUGCAGCCUAUCUGCAGGAGAAGGAUGGCUCCUCUAGAAGCCCUCCGAAUCAGGAGGUGGUGGACUCUCUUCUGGGCAGGUAUGUGGAAUCGGUACCGGCCUCGCGUCCAGUUGUAUUCUGCACGGAUGAGCGUGCUUUGAAGCGGAUUGCCUCCGAGCUCCCGACGACCAACUUAGAUCUCAACGCACCGAGCCCGCACCUUCAAGCCGCUGGGCUGUUGGACAAGCUGACUGAGCCCAACAGCCAAGGCGACAGUCACUUCAGGUUGCUGCUGGAAGAUCCGGGCCGGUAUGAGGUCCACCCGCAGCUGGCGCCUAUGGUUCUGAGAGCAUUCUACCGGCUGAUGUGGAACCAAAACCAGGAUCCGGAUCAGCGUGCAAGCCCAAAGCUCCGGCUACGGGUGUUCAGCGGCGAGCCUGACCCACAGGCUUUCUUAGAGGUGUCCUGCCAAGGGGCUUGCCACGACGCGCUGGCUGCUGUUGCUCCCGGUGCAGGGCCUGCCCUGACAUCCCAGCUGGACGCCCCGACGCCGCGGAGGAAAGAACUUGCGGCCUUCUUCGCACGCACGUCCCGAUCUACUCCGCGAAAGGUCAGUGAGCAGAGCCUUGCCGAGCGCAUUGACCAACUGGCCCUCCUCGCUUUGGAGAGCACCGGAAGCCGGGUUGCAGCCCUCUUCUUGGAGUUUUUGGCCAAGAACACAGAUUUGAAUAACAUGGGAGCUUCUCUGCGCGCUAGCGCCGCCCUGGUUGCAUCGGCGGAGAUGGAGCUGGACGUAGCCGUCAUAGGCAGCAUGAGCUGUGCCCACAUGUUGGAAGCAGAGUAUUGGAGGUUUCAACACCGGCGAAACGCAUUUCGGAUGCUGCUGCUGGAGACUCAGCGGGUCAGCCUAGCCGCAGAAAAGCUUGCCGGCCGGGCGCUCGACGAGGCACAUUCUUAUGAAAGCGUAUUUGAGAGCUUUUUCAAGCAGCUCGAAGCUGCACGCUUCCCACAACCCAGUGAACCCUUGCAUCGCCAGAAGGUGGAUCUGAGACCCCUUGCAGCCGGGAUUCAGCGGCGCUGUCUGAACCCCACGGUGCGAGCUUCCUGUCAAUGGGUGGUGACCAGCUGGCUCCAGCUUUCGGAGAUCCGCUGCAGUUGUCAGUUACAGCGCGGCGAUCUUGACUUGAAGCUGCAGCUUGCGCAGGCUGCGUUGGUCGACGCCCUCCGCUAUCCGGAAGGCGACGGUCGAGGUGCCUCGCUUCUCCGUCCCUUGCAGCGGCCGGCCUUGCGUCAUGCAGUGAUCGGCACCAGCUUGCCCGGCGGCAGCUGGCACUCUAUGUCUCCAUCGACAGUGACGCUGUCACCAGGCUCAUGGAUGGAUCUUCCAGGCUACUCUCUGGAAGAACACCUGAAGAGCCCCGCUGCAUCUCAGGAGGCACGGAGUUUGCUCAGAAAGGCCCCUGCAGAGGUUGUGGCAGGUGAGCGUGUGCCACGGUGGCUUGUGGCCGAAUACUACGUUGCCUAUGCUCAUCGACUACCUUCGACCUUUGUCAACGGGACUGUGGAAGCUAUGGUGCCAGAUGGUGAGGCAUCAUGGAAGCUGCAGAUUGCUGCCUCCUCAAACGAGGUAGACUCGUGCGGCAAGGCCAUUGAGGUCAAGGCCAAAGCAGUGGUACUGGCUAUGGGGACUGCAGACCUUCCUGUCAGACUGGGCAUCCCAGGUGAAGACUUGUCCUGGGUCACCCACCGCCCCCCGAUCCACACUCCAGCGUUGAUGGAGAAGAUAGGCCACUUGCUUGUCGUCGGGGCUGGCCUCAGUGCAGCGGACGCUAUCCUCCAUGCGCUGCGAGGCCAAGCUCGCGUCACCCAUGUGUUCCGCGGGAAAGCGAAGCACACCAAGAUCGGCAAGAUGUUCGGCACAUACACAGGCAAUCCUAUGUAUGAUGAGGAGGAGCGGCUUGCACAACUGAUGGUUGGCGCAGUCCAGGAAGACCGCUACACUCCGCUGGCUGAGUCGGAACUCCUGGCAAUUGAUGAAAACGGGACCUGUCGGAUCCGUGGACCAGCCCAGGAAGUGCAACUCACCAAUGUCAACGUCGUCUCGCUUCUCUUGGGCAGUGCUCCGAGUGUUUCUUGGCUGCCAGCAUCGCUGCGCCCUGCAGUGCUGGCAGCUCCACGGGCUCCGCGGCAUCGCACGGACGGGCAGCUGAGCAGCCACCCGCAGUUCUUGUCCAUUGAUGAGGCAAGCUUCCAGCUUGCAGAUGCUGAGACCGGCCAGGUGCUCCAUCCUGGUGUUUUCGACGCUUGGGGUGAAGCCUAG